GCGCCCCCCCCCCCGCCGCCGCCGCGCCGCCCGGACCCCCAACGGGGCGGAAGCGUCGCCCGCCGCCGUCCCCGACAGCGAUCCGGACGCUCUCAGCCCAGAUGUUCGCCCCGGCGGCCUCCGCAACGGCCUCCUCCCGCCCCGCCCCCCUCCAGAUGUGCGCGGGGGGGGCGGCGGGCCCGAGCUGCCCCCCCUGCGCCUCGACAGCGAUACAGAUGUGGAGGAGACGCCGGAGCCAGAUGUUCGCCGCCGCCCCGGACCACCCGCGGCGCUCGCCGGCCGUGCAGAUGUGGCGGAGACGCCGGAUCCAGAUGUGGGAGCCCCGCCCGGUCCAGAUGUGCGGCGCCGCCUCGCCCUCCCCGUCGACAGCGAUACAGAUGUUGAAGCCUGGCCGGAUCCAGAUGUUCGCCCCCGGGUUGUGGCCUUGAGCGGCAGCGAUACAGAUGUGGAGGCGACGCCCCAUCCAGAUGUGCGCCGCCGCCCCACCUCCCCCACCCCCUGCGGCAGCGAUACAGAUGUGGAGGCGACCCCCAAUCCAGAUGUUGGCCGUCACCCCAUGUACCCCGCCCCCAGCGGCAGCGAUACAGAUGUGGAGGCGACCCCCAAUCCAGAUGUUCGCCGCCUCCCCACGUCCCCUGCCCCCAGCGGCAGCGAUACAGAUGUGGAGGCGACCCCCAAUCCAGAUGUUCGCGCCCUUGCCUCCGACAGCGACCCGGAUGUGGAGCUGGUGGCCCCCACCCCCGCCCCGUGGCCCCGCCCCCCUCCGCGGGCCCCGCCCCCACCAGAUGUGGGGGAGGGGGCGGAGCUGCCGGCCACGCAGAUGUUCGCCGCCCCCCAUCCAGCUGUGGCGGAGGGCGGCGACGACGACGGGGCCACGCAGCCCUUCGCCCCGCCCCCCGCGCCGGAUGUGGCCCCGCCCCCCGCGCCAGAUGUGGCGCCGCCCCCCGGCGCCGCCCCAGAUGUUCUGCCCGAAACGCAGCUCUUCGCCCCGGAUCCGUCGCCCCGGAGUCCGGGCGCCGCGGAGGGGAGCGCCGGCGAGGCCGGGGACGAUCCCGAACUUUUCCUGGAGCCGACGCAGAACUUCCUGCCGCCGGCGCCCGAGGGAGCCGCCGAGGAGCCGCCGCCGCCCGUCGGCGCCUUCGGCCUCGCCGAGGAGGAGGAGGAGCCGCCGGCGGCCCCGCCCCGCCCGGACGCCUGGGCCCCUCCCGCCACGCCCCCGCCCGAGGAGCCAGCGGAGCCCAAUGAGGAGGAGGAGGAGGAGGAGGAGGCGCCGAGGCCCCGCCCCCAGCGCUGCCCCCGGGGCUGGUCCAGCUCCACCCCCCCCAAGGUCCUCUUCACGGGGGUGGUGGCGGCGGCGGGGACGGUGGCCGCCCUGGGGCUCCUCGGCGGCUCGGUGGCCGCCUCCGUCUUCGACUGCACCCACCUGGUGACCGACCGGGUCCGACGCACCGUCAAGUUCCUCUGCGCCCUGGCCCGCGGCGUCCCCAUCGUCACCCCCGAGUGGCUGCUCAAGAGCGCCCGCAGCGGCUGCGUCCUGCCGCCCGGCGCCUUCCUGGUGCGCGACGCCGAGCGGGAGCGAGGACUCGGCUUCAGCCUGGCCGGCGCCCUGCGGCGCGCCCGCCGCCGCGGCCUCCUCGAGGGCUACGAGGUUCACGUGACCCCCAACGUCCGCCCCGAGCCCGAGCUCAUGCGCGACAUCAUCGCCUGCAGCGGCGGCACCUUCCUGCCCGCCAUGCCCCACACCUACCGGCCGCGGCGCCUGGUGAUCUCGUGCGGGGCGGACGCGGGGCGCUGGGGGCCGGCGCUGGGCGCCCGCCUGCCGCUCGCCUCCGCCGAGCUCCUGCUCACGGGGCUCCUGCGGCAGCGGCUCCAGCUCGAGGCCUUCAGGCUCGGCGGCCCCCCGGCCCGCGGCCCCCGGCCCCCCGCCCCCCAAUAAAGGCGCCAUCACCUCCUGCUCCA